AUGCAAUUCUACAUCCCAGUUGUUAUGGCCUUUCUUGCCGGCAGUGCCACUGCGCAGAUUAGAAGAUGCCCCUUCAACGGAGGCAGUAUUCCGUUUGGUCAAUAUGUUUGUUCGGGACCUCGUGUAAACGGAUUCCCAGGCAAUGGCAUUUCACAAUGUGCUAUAAACGGGCAGAUUGUGCAGAUUGGUAGUGGUCCAUGCCCUCAUUACUGCAACUACAUUUCAGGAAUCCCAUACUGCUUCUAA